AUGGCCCGAGUCGCCGUCUGCCUGGCGCUCAUCGCGCCGGCCGCGGGCCUCGUGGCGCCCGCGGCGCCCGCCGCGUCGACGGCAUUGAAGGCCGAGGCCGCGGCGUCGCUCAAGGGCAUGUCGGGCGGCGUCCAGGCCGGCGACCCCAUGCCCGGGGAGGGCCCCUGGGACCCGAUCGGCUUCUCGAAGCUGCACGAGAACAUCCAGGGCUCGGAGCACGCCGGCGUCGUGCCGUCGCAGCAGUGGAUGCGCGAGGCCGAGAUCAAGCACGGGAUCUGCGCCGAACUCACAUCUUCGACCGACCUUCAGCGUGACAAGCGACGUUCUACUUCGUAGCAGUACCUCACCAAACGCAGUAGCUUACUCUUGGUGUACGCGCCAGCUCCUAGGCCAUCCCCUAGGACUGGCUGGUGCGUCUGAGGUGGAGUCAUAGAACUCCGGAAGGAAGCCCGAAGUACGUGAGAGAUCGUCGAAACGGGCAUUCCAUAUACUGCAUCUCGAGGUUUCUCGUCUUCGAGCUACUUACUGAUGAGAGAGAGAGAAAGCGGCGCGACGCCAUCGACGCGAUGUUUUCACCGUGACCGCGGCGGUUCGAUGGCGUGGAGGGCCGCGAAGGUCCACGCAAUUGUACCCUGAACUCACCGCGCGAUGUCCGCCCAGGCACGGCCGCGUGGCCAUGUUGGCCUUCACCGGCGCAUUGGUCCAGUCCUAUGGCAUGCACUUUGACGGCAAGCUGAACGGCAUGUUCUACGAGAAGGGCGUCAACCCCUUCGAGGCGACGCCGAGCGCCUUCGCGACGAACCCGAUGGGCAUGGCGCAGAUCCUCCUUUUCAUCGGCCUCACGGAGGGCUACACGUUCCCGGAGGGCGCGUGGAGCGGCGACAUGAAGCGCGAGCCGGGCGACCUCGGCUACCGCGUCAUGCGGUCGGCGGACGUCAUGGAGGAGCAGCAGAUCAAGGAGCUCAAGAACGGUGGCGCGCCGCGUCCAUUUUUUCGCGUUGGCGGCGUUCGAGGGACCGGCCCCCCCACCGGUCGACAUGACGCAGACGCCUCCAGCCAGUGCGCAGAAAUUCACUACUACCCACGCAGGCCGCGCGGCGAUGCUCGGCAUCAUGGCGUUCAGCGCGGCGCACUUCAUCCCGGGCUCGGUCCCGUUCUUCUUCAACGCGUAGGGCGUUGCGCUUGAAAUUGCAGUAGGGUGGGUAAGUUUCGCAGACUUGUAGUCUUAGCGCCUC